AUGGAUCUCGACUCGGGAGACUCCCCGUGGGGCGAUGAGCCCUCACAGUUCAAGCCCACCCAAGAUGCAGCCAAGAAGGAUACCCAGGAUGAUGGUAUGCCUCCCUCUCAGCUACCUCAGUCUCUCCGUGACCCCUCAUUAAGCGCAGUCCAUUCUACAGCAGCCGCACAACCCGCCGCAACAACCAGCUCCCCCACUGUCCGCACACCAGGACGACGAGGCCCCCGAGGCACCCGCAAGAUUAGUGCGCAAGCCACAAAACUCGAAUCCGUUGAUGAUUCUAUCGAUCCUCUCGGUCCAUUAGGUGAAGCCCCAGCCGAGGCUUCCCCGACACCCGCGGAGGAGGCCCCCGUGCCGCCUCAAAAAGAGCCAUUCGCUGGACGCAGUGCGCGCCCGCUCUCUUCGCCCUCUCAAGUCAGCGAGUCAGGAUUAGAUCAAUCCGCCAAUCUCGAAGAUGAAGCUCUGGGCUUCCGGGGUCCCCCGCCGGUACAGCCACCGGUGGAAUCGGACGGACCUCAGAGACAGACGCAGCCUAGCAUGAGCGUGGAGCAAGCUGCCAAACCGACUUUCGAGAUUCAUGUGGGAGACCCACACAAAGUAGGAGAUCUGACGAGCAGUCACAUUGUUUAUGCCGUCCGGACAAAGACAUCAUCCAAAGCUUACCGCCAACCCGAGUUUACUGUUAGCCGUCGAUACCGUGAUUUCCUUUGGCUUUAUAAUUCCAUGCACAGCAAUAACCCGGGAGUGGUUGUUGCCCCUCCACCUGAGAAGCAAGCCGUUGGCAGAUUUGAUACAAACUUUGUGGAGUCACGAAGAGCUGCUCUGGAACGCAUGCUCAACAAGAUUGCCGGUCAUCCCAUUCUUCAACACGACGGAGACCUGAAAAUCUUCCUUGAAAGUGAAGCUUUUAAUGUCGAUGUCAAGAACAAGGAAAACCGAGAGCCAGAUAUUGGUCAAAGCAAAGGAAUGUUGAGCUCUUUUGGUAUCUCAGUCGGUGGUGGAAGCAAAUUCGUGGAGCAUGACGAUUGGUUCCAUGACCGCAAAGUCUACUUGGAUGCAUUGGAGAAUCAACUGAAGGCAUUGAUGAAAUCAAUGGACACCGUGGUCCUGCAAAGAAAGGGUCUUGCCGAUGCUGCAGGUGACUUUUCUAGCUCACUACAUGCUUUAUCUGCUGUUGAGCUAUCUCCAGCUCUUUCAUCUCCAUUGGAUGGCUUGUCGGAACUUCAACUGCGCAUUCGAGAACUCUAUGAUCGCCAAGCGCAACAGGACGUUCUGACGCUGGGGAUUACAAUCGACGAAUACAUCCGUCUAAUUGGCAGUGUCAAGAUGGCCUUCACACAACGGCAAAAGGCCUUCCACACCUGGCAUGCCGCCGAGUCCGAUUUACAGAAGCGCAAGAAUACGCAGGACAAGCUCCUCCGCCAGGGCAAGACCCAGCAAGACCGCUUGAACCAGGCCAACGCCGAUGUCGCAGACGCCGAGCGCAAGGUCCACCAAACACGACUUCUUUUCGAGGACAUGGGCCGUCUCAUGCGAAAUGAGCUGCAAAGAUUUGAGAAAGAGAAGGUGGAGGAUUUCAAGUCUGGCGUUGAGACUUUCCUUGAGAGUGCUGUCGAGGGCCAGAAAGAGUUGAUUGAACUAUGGGAAACUUUCCUACUCCGUCUAGACGCUGGCGAGGAAGGCCUUCCAUAUUACGUCCCUCAAUCCGAGACCGAAACAGGCGACGCAGCUCCCCCAACGGAGAACACAGAAUCGACCCCACUGAUGGCCGAGGAUAACGCUUGA